AUGCUGACGCUAGGAGAAGAUCGCACUGGUACAAUCCGGGCUAGCUCGAGCAGGUCUAGGCCGAGGAAGCUUCGGAUUCAUGGCUCCAAGAUUCCGGAUCUAAAUGAAGAUCCUUGUUUGGAUUGGGAUGAGGAAGAAACAGGAGAGGUGGUAGUUUUGAAACCUCAGGAUGCAGAUUAUGUACUAAACGUUCCUCAGCUCGUUUACGAGCUGGAGGUUGAGAUUCUCGCGCGUGUACCGCGUUUUGAGUACUGGAAACUCCAGUUUCUUAAUAAGCGGUUUUCACGUUUGUUAAAAACCGGUGAGAUAUUCAAGGUGAGGCGAGAACGCAGAGUGGUUGAACCAUCUGUGUUUAUGCUGUCGAGUGGCGAUACACGGUGGACGAUGUUUAAUAAGGACUUUGAGAAUUGUCAGAGGCUUCCUGAACUUCCUUCCGACAUUUGCUUCUUUGGAGGAGAUAAAGAAUCGCUUUGCGCUGGAACGCACUUGAUCGUCACUGGGAAAGAGGAGAAGAGCAUUGCGCUGUGGCGGUACGAGCUGGAGACUAGCAAGUGGUUCAAAGGUCCCGCAAUGAUCACGCCGCGGAUCUUGUUCGCUUCCGCUACCUGUGGGACUGUUGUGUUUGUAGCUGGCGGGUUGACAACCAACGGAAAUGGAACCGUGGAAGUAGUGAAUAAAGUCGAGAAGUACAACUCCGAGACGAAAACGUGGACACUGCUCCAAGGAAUGCACAAGCGGCGGAAGUUCUGCUCGGGGUGUUACUUGCGCGGCAGGUUUUACGUCCUCGGUGGCCGGGAUGAGAACAACAAAAACCUAACUUGUGGAGAACGUUACGACGAGGGAACAAACACUUGGGAACUAAUACCGGAUCUUCUCAAAGACAUGUCUUUCUCUUCUGUCCAAUCUCCACCGCUCAUCGCCGUGGUUCGCGAUCAUCUCUACUCUUUGGAAACAUCAGCGAACGAGCUCCGCGUUUAUGAUGCAAACGCAAACGCUUGGAAGAAGCUAGGGGAUGUGCCAGUAAGAGCUAAGUCUAAUGGAGGAUGGGGAGUUGCGUUCAAGUCACUUGGAGACAAGCUGCUCGUGAUAGGAGCAUCAGCGGGAGCGUCUUGGCCCGAGACUAUGUCGGUUUACACGUGUCGUCCGUCCGCCGAUGCCAAGGAUGGGCUGCAUUGGGAGGAGUCUAAACGCUGCUGUGGCGUUCGGCUCAACCAUUUUAUUUUGAAUUGUUGUGUGAUGAUUGCUUAA